CCCUACGCUUCCAAAAACCACACUCCUUAUUUUAUUUUUUUAUUCCCCUUUCUCUCCUUCUUCGUCCUCCUCAGAACACAAGCUAGUUUCAAAUCUCCACCCUCUCCUGCUAAUUCAUCACCCGCGUAUUCAUUAUACAUAUACAUACACAGGGGGCUACUGAGACCUUCUCGGCCUGGUCCCAGAGAUUCAAUUACCAGAAAGCCACAUUCGUUUGAAAAAGAAAAAAAAAAGAGAGAGAGGAUGAUGGUUGGGAGUGGUGCUAGGGUUUCGACUGAUGCGGAUACGAGGAAGACGAUUCAGACCAUCAAGGAGAUCACUGCUGGGAACUACAGCGAGGAUGAGAUUCACGCAAUGCUCCUUGAAUGCAGUAUGAAUCCCGAUGAGGCUGCUCAACGCCUUCUUCUUCAGGGUUUUCGAUUUGGUGGGAGGGGGUUUUAGCAUCUGUCUGAAUUUUGAUGGGGUUCGGUAACAUUUAUUUAUUGAUCCAUUCCUUGAGGUUAAGAAGAAGCGUGAUAAGAGAAAAGAGAACGUUAGCAGCAAGGACUCUGUUGACCCACAGUGGAGAUCUGGUGGCCCGGGCCGUGGUAGCAGGGGUGGUCGGAUGAACUUCUCUUCUCGUCACUCGUCACAUGAUGGUGCUGGUGCAAAGAAUUUUUUCAGAAAAGAAAAUCGUCCAAAGCAGUUCACUGAUCCAUCAACUUCGACCUCUCAACAACAAAUAAAAACUAAAGACAAUGCCUUGGUGUCUAGCCUCUCAACUGUGAUGGAUAAAAGUUCUGUUGGUUUGACAUCAGGAAGCUCUGAUGGUGCACCACCAUCUGCUGUUGAAUCAAGCAAAAAUCGUGUGAAUACAGAGCAGAAGUCGGCUGAUUCUUUGCCACUCUCUCGUCCACCCUCCUCGGAGGUUCGAUUCACUUCUUCAAAUUCCAAACCAGUGAGCGAGCAACACCUUGGACAAAGCAAGUCACAAAACAGAUCCCGUGGGGUGGGGAAGACUUUAGUGAAUGAUGCUUAUGUUCCGAGGCCUGCUUCAUCUCAUAGCAACAGCACGGGUAGCCGGCCUUCUUCUAACUACAGUAAUCGUUCACAUCAGACUGUUGGUCCUCAAAGAGGUAAGGAAUGGAAGCCGAAGCCAGUGAACCAUACAACUACUCAGGGUUCUGGUGCAUCAGCUACAGCUGAAGCUCUUGCGGUUCCUACUGAAGCCAGUGAAAAAUCUGUUGAAGAUGUUGUCCCUUCUGCAGAGGGCACAUCUAAGUUGCAGAGGCAGCUUGAGGACUUGCAGGUCCAACGUCAGCAUGUUAUUAUCCCAAACCAUAUCCUUGUUCCAGAUGCUGAGCGAACCAAGUUCAGCUUUGGAAGCUUUGAUGCUGGCUUUUCUAUAGCAUCAAGUUCAGUAGCUUUUCCAGAGAAUGAAAAGAGAUCUGCACCUCUCUCUCAGAAUUCACAGGAGGUUGAAGAUAGUUUUGAAGAAGACGAACUUAGCCACCCAAAUGUCCAUUCGACUGAAAAGGACGAGGAGAAUAAUGUUUACUCCGAGUCGCCUUCACAAGUUCCAAAUGAUAUGGCUGGUGAAGGUAUCGCCGCAGUGUAUGAUGUCUCCAAGCAAGAGAAUACGUUGGAGUCCGAAAGCAAUCACAGCCCUUUUGACCACGUUCCAAGUAAUAUUCUCGGGCCUAUUCCUCCAGCUCCUGGGAGCCAGCUUCCACAGUUUGAGAAUGCUGAUCCUCAAGCACGUGAUGCCCUUCGUAUUCCUAACUUUGUGGUCCAGCAACCAUUUGAUACAGCGAGUUACUAUGCUCAAUUCUACCGAUCAGGCCCUGACAGUGAUGGCCGUGUUUCUCCCUUUGUUUCUCCAGGGGUUGCGUCCAAGUUUAAUGGAAAUGUUACAGUAUUGCCCCCUCAUUCAUCUCAAACCAUGCAAGAGAGUGGAAACAACUUAGUUCUGUCGACAGCUAGUCCAACUUCACUGGUAACACAGCCUGCUGGGCUGAUGCAGAGCUCUAUACCUGUCACGCAGCAGCCUGUUCCUUUCUUACGGCCCCCAGGGUUACAUAUGUCACAUUAUCCACCGAACUACAUGCCAUAUGGACACUACUUCUCCCCAUUCUAUCUACCUCACCCGGCGAUGCAACAGUUCUUAAGCAACGGUGGAUUCGCUCAGCAACCUCAGGCAAGCAGUGGGUAUCCUGCUCCUCUUCCACCCCCUGGAGCUGCAGCAACAGGAGGCAAAUACACACUCCCUCAUCACAAGCCUGGGAAUAAUAAUAAUACAGGAAACUUGACUCAUGUUGGUAUGCCUGGUGGUUACGGACCACCAUCACAUGGUUCCUUCCCAGCAGGAUAUAAUCCCAAUUCUGCUGCGUCAGCUGGGAAUUCAACUUCCAAUGAGGAUCUCAACACGUUGCAGUUGAAGGAAAACAACGGCUACAGCACAACAGGGCAACAGAGUGAAGCAUUACCUGUAUGGAUUGCUGGACCAGGACGAGAUGUGCCGAGCUCGUUCUACGGUUUACAGCACCAUGGGCAACAGCACGUGACUUACGCUCCAGCACAAGCCGGUCACGUGACAUUCCCAGGUAUGUAUCAUCCGGGACAAGCAGUGACAGCAGCUGGAGGAGUUCACCAUCCGCUCUUACAACAGUCUCAGGGUGUUGCUGGAGCCGAAAUGGUUGCACCUGGGCCUCCUAACGUUUUCCAACAGCCUCAGCAAACACCAAUGAAUUGGCCAAGUAAUUACUGAAAGAGAAAGGAAAAGAAGAUUUUGGGGGAUUCAAGCAGAGUAUCAGGAAGAUAUGGUGCAUUGACUUGCGUGCGUGCGUGUGUGUGUGCCAUCUAACAAAUUACUGAAGAAAGGAAGCUAUGAAGUUGAAGGAUUAAGCAUGAAGGGAUUGACAGAGGAUGAUCAUAAAAGGAUAGGGGAAGGUGUUUUUAAUGAAUCCAGUGUUUUUUUGGUGUUUCUAUAUCUUUUUUUCAUUUUUUUGGGGGGGGGGGGGGGGGGGGGGGGGGGGGUUUAGCAAAAUAUUUGCUUUAUUAGUUUUUAGCUCAUCUGAGCUAAGCCAAAAAGAACUUUUGCUGCCUGAGUCUGGUAUCUGAAGACUCUUGGUUCUUUUCUCAGCCUUUUGUGAACAUGUUCAAAUAUGAAGUUACCUGAACUUUUUUUGAAUUAAAAAUACAAGAAAAUAUGUAGAAUGUAAUAGUCUUCCAGAAUAUCCAAAUACUAUUAAAGUGUUUUUGAAAGAGCUACGGUUUUGCCUUUGCAUCACUUUUAAUCAAUGCUCUAUAAACUGUUAAGAACUUAGACGCUAAGCAAAACUUUUUGAAGUUGUGGCAAACCAAGAGUUAAAGCUCGGACCAGUCAGUUACUUAAAAGGAGACUUUAAGUGGUAACCACAUAGCUUUGUCUGAAAAGAUUCUGGAUACUGUCUUUAAUUUACAAGAAUGCACAGUGCAAAGCACUUAUGAGAGCAUACAUACAUUAUAUACACAUGGAAAGAAAGUCAUAUACCAACUACCAAGACAAGAGCAAAAUUCAUGGAACCUUGAUCUGUGUAAAAGCCCUGAAGCAGCAGAGAUCCAAUUGGAUAAAUAUUUUUUGUCAGAGAACGAUCUCUCUGAACACUAAUGAAGCUUCUUCAAGGC